AUGCAGAAGAAGACACAGGGCUGGGAACCCAACAUUGAGCGUCUUUAUGCACGAGAUGGAAUGCUGAUAGGAAACAACUUUAUGGCUCUGAAGUUGGAAGGAGGUGGACAUUAUACCUGUGAAUUCCUCUUCCUACAAGUAAGAUAUCCCAAUUGCAUUUAACCCAGUAAGGAAGAACCGCAGAUCGCAAAUGGAGGUCAGUUUUCGUGAUCUAGCUUAUGUGAAAUCCACGAUUCGGGACUUUAUAAGCAAAAAGAGCCUCCAUUUAGUUUAAUGAUUAUAAACGGGAUACGGGUUUGAGGGAGUUUACAUUGCGAGAUUAAAAAAAAUCUAUAUAUUGUUGAAAAGAAUUGGUAUUCGGUAGAAAGUACUGAAAAGUUUUUUUAAAUUUUGGUUUCAGACACAAGUUGACCACAAUUUGUCGACACUGUCAUGAUCAUGAUUCAGGUCAUUUGCGCAAUGCUAUUCACUCCCUUUCCCGUCUAAUGGACUUGCUCAAGGUCAUGUUCCGGACAUCGUCAAACCGUUGUUAUUCUUACGAAAUAUUACAUAUUUGUUUGUAAGAAAAAAAAGAAAAAUCUGUGCACAAAAAAAGAAAAAAAUCGCUCGUAAGAAACUGACAAUGAAGAACUCCAUAAAAACAUUCGAUGGUGGUGAUUUGGGGUGAUAUUUUUUCCGCUUUUAUAAAUUAACGUAUACGGCGAAGAGCGGAGGUGUGAGUAAGCAAGCAAGUAACGAUCUUUGUUAAAAAACGAGAACGUGGAGAACGCUUGCCUUGUCUCCCGAAAACGAUCGAACGAAAAAAUUAAAGAAGAGUAUAUUUUGGUCAAAGCUGAUGGUUGUCAUCAAAGAUAGUUUGGGUUAUUUUCGAUCUUACGGACGUUAAGGGUUUUUGUUUUUUCUUUUGUUAGGAAGCCUGUGAAGAUGCCUGGGUAUCACUAUGUUGACCGCAAACUGGAUGUAACCAGUCACAACAAGGAUUACACUUCCGUUGAGCAGUGUGAACUUUCCAUUGCACGCCAACCUGUGCUC